GCAGUUCUGCCUCUCCCAGAAUUGAAUCCAUAGAGCAAGCACAAUGGUCUCUCACUCGUUGUUGAAUAUUGUACAGCUAGGCUUGGGCUUCUUCCUAAACUUUUUCGCUUUCAAUUCUCAAGGAUUCAUCGAAGAACCCGUAAUCGAGAGUGCGGCAAAGAGGCAGAACAUCAAUGUUCACGCUGGAUACUACAGCUUGUCCAUUAUAUAUGCAACAUUCACACUUGGAAAUUUUGUGGCAGCUCCUAUUAUAGACAUCUUAUCGCCAAAAUGGGGGAUGUGUUUGGCUGCAUUGUGCUAUGCAGCAUUUCAGGCUGGCUUUUUACAAAUCAGUGAAGUCUAUCUUUAUAUAUCUAGUGCGAUUCUCGGAUUUGGAGCAGCAAUACUGUGGACAGGUCAAGGGACCUACUUAGCUCAAAAUUCGAAUGAGAAAACCUCUGGAAGAAAUAGUGGACUGCUGUGGGCGCUUUCAGAAGGAAGCCUUUUGGGCGGUGGUGUGUUUCUCUUCAUAGUUUUUCACUCAUCUGAAACAACGGAUAACAUCUCCACUUCGACUGUACGUAUUCUUUAUGGAGUAUUCACUGCACUAGCAUGCCUUUCAUCACUCACAUUUGCACUGUUGAGACCCGUUCGGGUGGCGAAGGUCCGCGAAGGAAAACCUCAGUACGGCAGACUUCUUGGUUCGACAUUUCGUCUGAUGUUUACGAAACGAAUGUUUCUUUUGGCCAUUGUGUUUGCUUACACCGGUAUCGAGCAGGCAUUCUGGACAGGUUAUUAA